AUAUUUCUCUCACUAUAAAUCCUAAUUCUCUUAUCUCUACAUCAAGGAGAGAUCAGAGAAUAGUAAAACAAUGAGGAAGCCAGAGGUAUCAUCUGGAAAAAACAACAAUAAGCUAAGAAAAGGGUUGUGGUCACCAGAAGAAGAUGAUAAGUUGAUGAACUACAUGUUAAACAGUGGACAAGGUUGUUGGAGUGAUGUAGCAAGAAAUGCUGGAUUGCAAAGGUGUGGAAAAAGUUGUAGGCUAAGAUGGAUUAAUUAUUUGAGACCUGAUCUUAAACGUGGUGCAUUCUCACCACAAGAAGAAGAACUUAUCAUCCAUUUGCAUUCCCUUCUUGGAAACAGAUGGUCUCAAAUAGCAGCACGUUUACCCGGAAGAACAGACAAUGAAAUCAAGAACUUCUGGAAUUCAACAAUAAAGAAAAGACUCAAGAACAUAUCGUCAAACACCUCACCAAACGCAAGCGAUGAAUCCUCAUACGAUCCUAACAAAGACAAUAACAACAUGGUAGGAGGGUUUAUAACUUCUUCAACAGUACAAGAUCAACAUCAUAUUGAUAAUCAUUUUAUGCCUAUGUUCAAUACAUCAUCUCCACCAUCAAUACAAAACACAGUUUUCAACACCAUCAUGUCAUCAUCUAAUGGUGGAUUUUUCAACAAUAAUAGUACUACAGGAACAUUCUUCUCACAGAAUAAUAAUCAUGACAACAAAAGUUAUUAUUUGGAAAAAAUGUUUGGGAGUGUAAAUAUUAAUGGUGCAGAAGGGGUAGAGAUGGAAAUUUACAAUGUUCCUCCUCUAGAGAGUGUUAAUAAUAGUACUAUUACUUCUGAAAAUAAUACUAUAAAAAUGGAGAAUAUUAAUGCAUGCAAUAUUGGAGAAGAUACUAAUUACAAUAUUAGUAGUUAUAACUUUGAUGACAUAAACAACAUUGUUAACAAUUGCAAUGUUGUUAAGAGAAUUGAUCAAAAUAGAGCUGUUGAUGAAGUGGAGAAUUUAUUUCAUGGAGAUUUAACUGUUGCAGAUUGGGACUUAGAAGAUUUGAUGAAAGAUGUUUCAUCUUUUCCCUUUCUUGAUUUUUCAAAUUGAUUCAAUAAGUGUUCUCAUCCUUUAAUUUUCCCUUUUUUUUUUACAUUUUUAAUAUUUGUAUUUUUACUGUUAUACAGUACAAGGGAGUAAAUUUUACUGAUUAACAAAAGUAUAGGAAUGAAAUAAAAGCCAAUCAUUGUAUAUUUGAAUUGA